AUGCUUCACGCUUGCGUUGACACUAUCACGUCGACAGGAAACGUCUGCGGCUUUGAGUGCAACCAGGCUAUUUUAGUAAGACUAAUCCAAAAUGGCCCAAAUGAGAUUCGACGAAUUCCAUUCCACUGCAAGUGUUGUAUUCCAAUCAUAUGUUCAUCUGGAUCCCAUUCCCAAGAACGGUCGAACUUCGCAACGAGUUGGACAACUUGUAUCCCGAAUUUCGUUAUCUUUUUCCAUGAAGCAGUCCAAACUCUGACCAUAAAGAAGCCACUGAGAAUAUACAAAGCAGCAGCAGCAAGGACCGACCCGAAUCAGUGGAAUAAAGGCGAUGUCCAGCCCUUGGGCAUGGAGCACUGUUUCUACCCCACACAAGGAUGGGCGGCAGAGGGACUUGUUGGCACACAUUUGGAUCCGCGUAUUGGCUUCUUUGUGAGACACGAUCCGCAUUCCUUGACCUUGGACGUGCUUACACCUAGAGUCCAACAACCCACCUGGGGAUUAAUUCUCGCACGAGAGCACCUCGCCGCCUCGACAGAAAACUCUCCUGGAGUGUCUGCACACUUUUCGCACCUUCCUGUGGCGCGGUUCACGCAUGGUAUCUCUUAUUUGGAGGUCCUCGGCCGUCUAUUGUAUCUUCUUCCGUCCAUUCUCUCGAUACCCGGGGUCACUUCUCGCUGCGGCUUCGAGGCCGGGAACCUAAGGCUUGAGAGGUAUUGGAACUCCUAUCCCAAAUCACAACUUCUCUUUAAGAUUAAGCGCCAGCCUAAGAAGCUAAGAAAACCAAGACUUAUGGUCCGUAUUGCUCCUAAUGAGCUUCACAUCAACCACCCGGAUGCCUCUCAGAACAUGGCCAAAGUCGGCUGGGGUUUCACGAAAAAUGCCGCCUUUUACGAAGUCCUCUCAUUUCCAGGCUUCUCCAUCAUCGAAACCGCUUCAGAGAGGCAUCGAAUCCUGCGGCAACACCGAUGGUUAAGGGCAAUCUGCUCAAGCGAUUCGAGGAUAUUGCUACGGAAGGCAAGCCCAUUGCAUCGAGCAUCCGACGUUUCAAAGCAGUUCAGUGAGUUACUCCAUGCGACCUUGACAUGGGUUGGGCGGCUAUCUCCAACGGCUACCGCCUUCUUCAUUCCAAACCCAUUUAAGGUUAAUGAUUGCUUUGGAAAAGCGUUCUUCAAAUCAAUGCCUACCUCAGAAAUACCACUAAUCCAACUGCUUCUCGCGCUGAUAUCAGCUAUUAUCGAUAUUCCGGUUGUUCGAACUCCGCCAAAGAGCACAGCGCUUUAA